CUAGACUUGCCAGAAGCAACAGAGGACUAAAGAUGAAGAUCUUUUUCUUAUUCACCUUUUCCACUUUUUUGUUGUCUGCUUUUGAACAAGCAGCUGCUGCUGCUCACUAUGACAAGAUUUUAACUCAUAGUCGAAUAAGAGCACGUGAACAAGGACCAAAUGUCUGCGCACUGCAACAAGUUAUGGGAACAAAAAAGAAAUACUUCAGCACCUGCAGAAACUGGUAUCAGGGAGCCAUCUGUGGAAAGAAGGCAACUGUCCUAUAUGAGUGCUGUCCUGGCUAUAUGAAGAUGGAUGGUACAAGGGGAUGUCCUGCAGUUGCUCCUAUUGAUCAUGUAUAUGGGACACUUGGUAUUGUUGGAGCUACCUCCACACAGCAAUAUUCUGACAUAUCAAAGCUGAGAGAAGAGAUUGAAGGACGAGGAUCGUUCACUUUCUUUGCACCAAGCAAUGAAGCCUGGGAGGAAUUAGAUUCAGAAAUUCAUAGGAAUUUAGUUGACAAUGUAAAUAUUGAACUAUAUAAUGCUCUGCACCACCAUAUGGUGAACAAGCGCAUGUUGACAAAAGAUCUCAAAAAUGGCAUGACACUAGUGUCUAUGUAUAAUGGCCAGAAAUUGCUCAUUAACCAUUAUCCUAAUGGGGUUGUUACUGUUAACUGUGCCAGGAUCAUCCAUGGCAACCAGAUUGCUACCAAUGGAGUUGUUCAUGUCAUUGAUCGUGUCCUGACUGCUGUUGGAAACACUAUUCAAGAUUUUAUUGAAGCUGAGGAUGAUCUUUCAUCUCUUAGAGCUGCUGCUAUCACAUCAGAUGUCUUGGAUAUUCUUGGAAAGCCUGGUCAUUUCACACUCUUUGCUCCUACUAAUGAUGCUUUUGAGAAUCUUCCAAGGGGAGUCUUAGAAAGGAUCAUGGCUGACAAGGUGGCUUCUGAAGCUCUUGUGAAGUUCCAUAUUUUAAAUACUCUCCAGUGCUCUGAAGCUAUCACAGGUGGAGCUGUCUAUGAAACCUUGGAAGGAAACACGGUUGAAGUUGGUUGUAAUGGUGAAAGUCUGACUGUGAAUGGAGUGAAGAUGGUGAAACGCAAAGAUAUUGUGACAAGCAAUGGUGUUAUCCACCUCAUUGAUCGAGUGCUAAUUCCUGAUUCUGCCAAGGAAGUCAUUGAGCUUGGGGGUGACCAACAGGCUACUUUUACAGACCUGGUGGUACAACUAGGACUCGCAUCUUCUCUAAGACCGGAAGGCCAAUACACUCUCUUGGCACCUCUGAAUGGUGCUUUCUCAGAUGAUACCUUAAAGAUGGACCAACGGCUUCUUAAAAUGAUCCUUCAGAAUCACAUUAUAAAAGUGAAAGUUGGACUCAAUGAACUGUACAAUGGGCAACAACUGGAGACAAUUGGAGGAAAAGUGCUCCGGGUCUUUGUAUAUCGCACAGCUGUAUGUGUUGAAAAUUCAUGCAUGGUCAGAGGAAGUAAAGAAGGAAGGAAUGGUUUUAUUCAUGUCUUCAGACAGAUCAUCAAUCCAGCAGAAAAGACAUUACAUGAAAUGCUGAGAAAUGAUAAGCGUUUUAGCGUUUUCCUCAGCCUGGUGAAAGCUGCAGAUUUAGAUGACGUUCUGUCACGGCCUGGAGAAUGGACCCUGUUUGUUCCAACUAAUGAUGCCUUUAAAGGUUUAACUGAUGAUGAUAAGGAAAUAUUGAUAAGAGACAAAAAUGCUCUCAGAAACAUUCUCCUUUACCACUUGACGCAAGGUGUUUUCAUUGGAAGUGGCUUUGAGCCUGGUGUGACAAACAUACUUAAAACUAUCCAAGGAGGGAAACUCUACUUGAAAACAGUGAAUGAUACUCUUCUGGUUAAUGAACUGAAAUCAAGAGAACCUGAUAUUAUGGCAACCAAUGGCGUCAUUCAUGUUAUUGAUAAACUCCUGUAUCCAGCAGAUCUGCCUGUUGGAAAUGAUCAGUUACUCACAAUCCUGAAGAAGCUGAUUAAGUACAUUCAAAUUAAGUUUGUUCGUGACAGUACCUUCCAAGAGAUUCCACUGACAUUUUACAACCCAUCUAUCACACAACUUACUAAAUUAAUUGAAGGGGAACCUGAGUUCAAAAUAGUCAGGGAAGGGGAGACAAUAACAAAAGUGAUUCAUGGAGAACCAAUUAUUAAAACAUACACAAAAAUAAUUGAUGGGAGACCUGUGGAAGUGACAGAGAAAAAAGUAACAGAAGAAAUAAUUAUUCAAGGUCCUGAAAUAAAAUAUACCAGAAUUACUGCAGGUGGUUCAGACAAUGAAGAAAAGUUAAAGAAAUUGCUUGAGGAAGAGGUUACCAAGGUGACCAAAUUUAUUGAAGGUGAUGGUCAUUUACUUGAAGAUGAAGAAAUCAAAAGACUUCUUCAGGGAGCUGGAACUGAGUACACCAAGGUUACUAAAGUAAUUGAGGGAGAGCCACAAAUUAUCGAGAGAGAAAUCAAGAAAGUCCAUCUGGAAGAAGCACCUGUACGGAAACCACAACCAAGCAGGAGGACACAAGGGGGAACAGCAAGAAGGAGGACGAGACUAGCUCAUCGCUAAAAGUUUUCCAAGAUAGAAUCCACAGAAUUACAAAUUAACAGUAUGGUCUUUGAGAGGAAGAGGAACUGU